AUGAUCUCCACAGCUACUCGCACCACGGCAACGCUCAGCCCACUAGCCAACGGGAGUGCUGAUUUCCAGUCUGCUGGCUCAGGAUUUGCUGCCGCCCUCCAGAAACUAGCCAAACAGACAGAACCCAAACAGACAGAACCCAGAGGUUCCCCUUCAGUCGUGUCUCCAGACCCGGGCCACAGCCCCCCUGUGUCUAGUCCCCUGUGGGGCUGUGUGGGGCUACUCCAGGGCCAGCUCAAGGGCCACAGCGACCCUGGGACCCCCCCAGCGGGCCCCGUCUCCCCCUGCCAGUCCACCAGUGCCCCCUGGAGGACAGACAGACAACAGGCGACUGCCCCCCCAGCCCUCUCCCCCCACCCCCUGACACCCUCCCUCUCUUUUACCCACAGCUUUCUCAUGCAGAACCUCCAUGUCCAGAACCUCAGCUCACCUGGGCAGAUGUCCUUCGGGGCCGUCGAAGAGGAAUACCUGAGAAGGCUCCGGCUUUCCCCCCUGAACCACGUCCACCCUGCAGCUGCCUACUACUCCCCUGCCUACCUCCCCUCCCCCCUCACCCUACACAGAAUGGAGGAGUCUUUGUGUCUUUCAGCGCUGCGGUCACAGUUCUAUCAUGUGCCUCCAGGGGGAGCCCUCCCCAUCCACCCCUCGGCUGUGCACCUGUCUGCGGGGCCCCACCCCCUGGCUGGAAGAAUGCAGAUGGAGGAUGAGUUUUGCCUGCGAGAGAGAGAGUGCGAACGAUUGAAAGAGAGGGAUCGAGAGAGAGCGAGGGAGCUGGAUGAGGAGCGGGAGCGAGAAAGGGAGCGAGAGAGAGCGAGGGAGCUGGAUGAGGAGCGGGAGCGAGAGAGGGAGCGAGAGAGGGACAGUCAGAAGCAGAGACAGGUGGAGAGACAGCAGGGGGAGAGAGCAGCAGAGAGACAGUAUCGGGCAGAGCUGUGGACACGGAGGACUUCACCACAGAAGAGACUGACUCCUACCAGACUGGAUGAUGUUGUGGAGGCCCCAGUCAUCUGGCCAGCCCUCCAGUCCUCCAGGGGGGGGGUGCCUCCGCUCCUGCCCAGCCUGGUGCCCUCACACCUGGGAAGGGGCCUUGUGGCUGGAGGGGUGCCUGGGACUCUGGCAGCUGGUGUGAUGUCUCGGGGAGCCAAUAAGGAGGGUCAGUGGUUGGCAUGGCAACGUAGGCCUGAGGAAGAAAAGGAGGGAAGGCCAGAGCCAAGGUCACCUGGGAAAAGGGCGGAGCCAAGCAGAGACAGACAGAGGUCUGGAGAGGCACACCCCAGUCUGGGAGCCCCGCCCCCACUUAUCUCCCCCAAACCCUCUCGUCUCCAUGCCCCUCCCCACACCCUCUGGAGCCCUGCCUCCCUGACAGAGACCCUCCCCGACUCCCGUUGUAAGUUCACCCCCCCCAACCGCCCACCUCCAGGCCUGACCAGAGCUGAAGGAGUCCUGGGGAGGGGCAGUCUGCAGCCGUCUGCCUGGAGCAGAGCCCAGCACCAGGACGGAUCCUUGGAGGGUCUCUGCCCUCAGAGGCCCUGGAGACUGCCCCUGUCCCCCAGAGCCUGCUCUCAUCUGGGGGUGCGCUGCCCAGCCACCUCUCCCUCUCCUCCCAGAGAGCUCCAGGAUGCAAAGCUGGUGUGUGAUGAGGCCCUGAGACAGCCCCGCAGGCUGAUCAGCACCAUGGACCUCCGAGAGAGGAGGAAGAGGGAGGCCAGUGAAGGAGGUUACUACUACGACCUGGAUUACUCAUGUGACGAGAGCGACGAGGAAGACGUCAAAGCCCACCUGAAGAGGGUGUCAGAGCAGCCCCCCCUCAAACUGGACACUUCCUCUGAGAAGGUGGACUUCCUGCGUGGGUGUGGCCUGACCACCCAGGCUCAUCGAAACCAACUUCUUCACCAGCAGAGGAGGAAGAGGAGGAGGAUGCUAAAGGAGCGCAGCCCCCCCCCCCCCAGCGCCCCCCCUGGUCCCCCCACCCCCCUCACAACGCCCCACACCCCGGAGGAGAUGGACCGCUGUCCUGAGCUGGAGGACAAGAAGAAGUUCCUCAGUGGCCUCCAUCUCUCCCACAUCUCCUCAAAACAGAGAAGAUGUGCCUCACCCCUCCCUCCCUCCCCUCCCCCCUACGUCCCCAAGACCUCUGUGGACACCCCCUCACCCCAACAUCCCCCACCCCUAGCCCACCGUACUGAAGACACCAGGUUGGCCAAGGGUCCUCCAGCUAAGACGCUCCAGGGUCUGCAGGACACUGACUCCCCUGCCCAGCUUAAGAGGGCUGAACGUGGGCAGAAGUGGCACGGUGGGUCCUGGGAAAGAUUCCCUCCGGAGGUCUUGGCUCAACACUUUCAACAGCUCAGUAGCAGAGGACUCUCCUCCCUACCUAAGCCAAAUCUGAAGUUGGAGCCGGUCAGUCCCCCUCCAUCACACACCAACAGCCACACACACACACACCACUCACACACCAACAGCCACACACACACACACCACUCACACACCAACAGCCACACACACACAAACUACGCACACACCAAUGGCCACUCACGCAAGUACCACACACACACCAAUGGCAACACACACAGCCAACACCCACACACAAACAGCCAUGUGCUUGUCCACCAUACACACACAAACAGCCUUCAGUUAAACACCCCAACCCUUCAUAAGCAAACAACAGGGGGGCAGAAUUACCUUUCAGAGGAAGAGGACGAGGAGGAAUCUGGAAGAUGGCAGGGGAUUGAAGCCAUCUUUGAAGCCUAUCACGAGUACAUGGAUGAGCGUGGUGUUGAGAGGCAGGUCCUCCUCAGUCAGUGCCGGAGGCUGGAGGCUGAGCAGGUGGCCCUGGGCAGGACGGCACAGCAGCUCUCUCUCACCAUGGGGGAGCUGAUUAUCCAGCAGCAGAGAGUGGGGGAGGAGAGGGGGAGGCUUCAGGCUCAGCUCCAGCACUUCAGGAACUGUCUGACCCUUCCCAACAUAGACUGGGGCAGGAGGCAAGCCAAUGGGCAUACAUCCAGGUGACCCCCCAUCAUCCAGGUGACCCCCCAUCAUCCAGGUGACCCCCCAUCAUCCAGGUGACCCCCCAUCAUCCGGAGGACUCCCGUCCCCCCAGACCCUGCUUCUACGGGCGGAGGAAUCAGAACCCAGCACCUGCAGUGGUUAAGAUGCAGAUUAGUACUCAGCUACAGGGAUCAGUAGUUGGAGUGAAGUCAUGUUGCCAUUGUUUAUGUUAGUCAGUAAUAGACCUUUCUGUUUAUAUUAUUUAUUUUCUUAACCUUGUAUUCAAAAGCCAUACCAUGGACAUCUUUUGAUUGAUUUGGGACUGGUCAAACUAAAAUGGGUAAAGAUAUUCAAAUGUGCAGUAAAUUAAGUUUUCAAUAGAGGUUUUUGGUUAAGUUAAAGAUGCACUAGUGAUGUGGGCUAUAGGGUGACUAGACGUGAUGUUAGAUUUUUACGUAAUCUAUUUAUUAAAUGUGCAGUAUACAAUACUAAUGAUCUAUUUAAUAGAUAUUUCUGUAAUUUCUUGCUAGAUUAAAUAAAUGGGAAGAAGAUACCAUCCUUUCUUUAUUUAAUUGAAGUGAAUGCUUGAAUGUCCAAGGCAGCUGCUCAGAGCCGAGGCAGCUGUGCCAGAGUGACCUCUACUGGCCAAGUUGGAAAUUACUGUCAUGAAGUUCCCAAAGAUGAAGCGCCAAAUUCUCCAACUCUGUACAAAGUCAAGCAAAAACAUUACAAUCUGCUUUACAAUUGUGUGUUCAUUGAAAUGGCAGAGGUAGGUAUGUAAGGACUUUUUAUAUCGACAACUAGAAAUGUGUCACCAACUGUUAAGAUUGAAUGCUGGCUUUCA